AUGAACCCGGAUGAUCAAUACUUCAGGCAAUGGAACCCUGAGCAUCAUGAGGACGAUAGAGGCUUCCCACCUGUUCCGGGUAUCUUCGAAGAUGAUACCUCCAAUUUGAUGCAGCCAGCUGCGCAACAUAGCAGACAGCAGUAUCCUGUUCAUUUUCCACAAAAUGGGCUGCCGUUUCCUUCCCACCCAGUGUACCACCAACCUGACUUUCAGCUUUCUCAAUUUCACCAUCAACCGCCGACCCGGAAUCCGUACAUACCUUUAAUUCCACUAAAUGCCGUAGAAGAUUUAGAAGAAGAAGAGCCUUUGCCACCUUUUACCAGUGGUAAUUUUCAAGAUCCAUUUAACAGGGCUUAUGCUACUAGUGGACCGGCGGUCUUUGAAGGGUUCAUCCCAGCGAACCCUGAACAAGAGGACGAAGAUGAGUAUACGGAAGCUAGUGAAUUUCACUCUUCGAUUUAUGAUCGCGAAUUUGAGAGCUCAGAAGAAGAGGAAGACGAAGACGACGAAGACGAAGACGACGAGUAUGAACGUAUGCUUGAAGAAGAGGAAGAGCGGGAACGGCUACUGCAAACUCAGAAAGACGACUCUGAAGUUGACGCAGACUAUUCGUCCGAAGAUGCACAGCAAGAUGAAGGCGAUCCUGACGAGAUGGAGCUGGGUGUCGAAUUCGAGGACAUGGAAGGACGUGUCAGGUACAAGAGAGGGAAAGGUAGUAACAGAAAGUCCACCAAAAGCCCCGCGAUGGGUGGUACCAUACCCACUUCGAGUACUCGAGGGAGACGUGGGGGCAAAAGAGGGCGCCCUUCAACCAGAGGGCGGGGUGGUAAUAGUAGCGCUAGGUCUACACGUGGUAGAAAGCGAGGGAAACCUGGAAGCGAGAAAGGUCCUCGAGGUCCCCGCGCUGUAGCCGACCCCGGCGCAGAAUGGAAAGCCUUGCAGCAACAGGCCAACGCCAAAUUCAUCGAGAAGGAUUAUGAGGCAGCCCUUUCAUAUGCUCAGCAGGCUAUCCAACUCAACCCAGAGAUUUUCGAUGCAUAUAAUAUCGCCUCUGAAAUAUACACUGAGAUGGGUCGUGAAGAAGACUCCAUAGCUGUACUGUUAGCUGGAGCGCCAACAAAGCGUGACCCUGGUCUUUGGCAGUUCAUCAUCGAGCGUAUCCAACAGUUAGACCCGGAGCAACACCCACGUUUCACUGAUGAGAACAAGUCGGCUGCUAUACUUCCAUGCUUGAAUGAGAUCAUCCUGCUCAAUAACGACUACGAGGCUCGCAGCCACAAACUCGAAAUCGAAGCACAGCUAGGGCGUUCGUCUAAGUGCGUGUUGCUGGGCCUUAAGAUGCUCAAGACACGUAAAGAGCAGGGCGAAGAUCCGGACACCAGUGUGCUGAAGAUCAUGGCAAUGAUGGGCACUGCAUCACCAAGGCAGACCAAGAUACAUCUCCACAAGCUUAUCGACAGCUUUGAGGAGGCUAUUGAUGUGUUCACGCAACCCGGCCGGGACCCAGUCACGAAUGACCUUGACUGGGAAUUAAUCAAUAUCUAUCUUGAUCUAUUAGACAGAGCAGGCAGUUACGCUAAGGGAAUCACAAAGCUGAAAUCACUUUCGCGAUGGAAGCAAGGCAGACAUGCAGAGACGUUUUGGGAUGAACUUGACGAUGACCGCGAGUUUGAUAUUGAAGACGAGCCAAGACGUGUCGCUGUUCCACAGUUUGUGCAGAAGUCCCAAGAUGCAAAGUAUGGCUCAACUCUUCCACUAGAGAUCAGGGUAAAACUUGGGUUGUUCCGGCUGCGUAGAAGUAAGGAUGACUUCAAAGAAGCUAUGCACCACCUGGAAAUGUUGGAGCCAGACGAUCAAGGCCCAGAUGCCCUCAUGUGGGACUAUGAAGAUCUCUUCCGAAUUAUCGGCGAUGCCUUACAUGCUACUGGCCACGACAAGGAUGCGCUACGUUUCUAUGAGCCAUUGUUCAACAAUGACUCUAGAGAGUUCAAUCUUAUGAGCUACAUUGGCUUGCACACUUGCUUCAAGAAUGAAGGGCGGACUGAAAAGACGGCAGAAGUUAUUCUUAUUUUAAAGAAAUGGCCAGCGAAGAGUUACGAUGACCUCGCUGUUCUUGCAAAGUUCUUCGAAGAUCAGGGCAUGUGGCAAGAAGCUGGACAGCGUGCAGAGACCAUUUACCGCGAUAAGUAUGGCCACAAACUCAAGGCUCUGGGCUUUCAGGCCUACGAUGAGCUCAGAGUAUACUACUACAACCAACGUAGACAGGCUCGGGGUAGGUAUGCUGUUCGAAAAAGCACUGUACGGAAGAACAGAAAGAAGAUGCAAAAAGCGACUGGACAGAAUGACGAAGAGGAUGAUUCGGCGAACGAAACGGGAAACAAGGAGCUCCCAGGAAUUGUCGCUCCUACGGAACGACCCAAGAAAGGUCUGUUCCGAACAAAGAGGACCAAGGCGCCAAAGAUCCAAGUAUUCCUUGAUGUGCGCGAAGAAGACGCCGAACCAGCACCCGACGCCGAACUCAGGCCGGCUACGAUUGAGGGCACUGAUGUGCCAUAUCGGGCAAUUACAAAUAGACUAUUCCGCGGAAAACUUCAAAAGCUUGCUACCGACUUUGCCGACGAUCUGAAGGCUGCGAGAGCUCAACAUCGAGAAAUUGUCUCCAGUUUCAAACGACUAGAUGAGAUAUGGGAGCCAGCAGAAGAUGGAGACGAAGAAGCUAUCAAAGAAGUCUUGUCGAUUACCCGAGAGCUGAUUGAAGAGUUUUCAACAUUUGACUUGUUUUAUUCGAACAAAAAAGAAGACCUCAUGACCUACUUCCGACGCGUAACAGCCGGAGACCUUUGGAAAGAAUCAGCAUUGAUGGUACUUGCUGUGGUAGCGAAUAAUGCUGAGGACGGCGAGACAGACCCUGAACUCCAAGAACGACCUAGUACACCCCCGACUGAUUUCUGGGGCAUUCAUUUCGACAAAUGGUGUGAUGCAUUUGGCCGUUAUGCCAUUUUGCUUGCUGGCGAGGGUGAUGAAGAGCAAUGUUUUGCUACACUCGAUAUUGCUCUCCAGGCCAAUAUCUUUCACCGCUCCCAAAUCUACCAUCGGCAACUUCAAAUAUGUCGACUCACCUGUGCCCUUGCAGCCGACAACUCACCACAAGCCUCUAUUGCAGCGCGUUGGCUUCUUAAAGAAUACCCGUUUGGUACCGACCUCUUCCGUCUAUACAGCUCCGUCAAUCGUCUAUGCUCUUUUCCCGAAGGCUUUGCAACUGGUCCCGCAUACAAAGUACUCAUGCGCUACAUAAAGACGGUUGACUACGCACUCCUCACCCCGAAACAACGUAUCGAGUUUAACUUCAGCACCAAAACUACCAAAGGCGGUUUCAGAAAUAAUGUCAACAUCGAGGACGUGGACAAAGUCAAGGGCCACGACCCCGCGCUCUUUGCAUUAUACGCACACGUUCUGAUGUGCGGUGGAAGCUACAUGGCAGCGCUAAACUACUACUUCCGUGCGUUCGCUCUUACGCCUGAAGACCCAGUAAUCAAUCUAGGCAUAGGCGUAGCAUAUAUCCAACACGCUAUGAAACGCCUCUCAGAAAACAGGCAGUACCAAAUCCAGCAGGGUCUGUCCUUUGUCUACAGAUAUUACGAUCUCCGCAUCAAAAGCCCACACACCAUUCAUCGCCAGGAAGCAGAGUUCAACGUCGGUCGCAUGUGGCAUAGUUUGGGCCUGGUUGCACUGGCGCUCCCUGCAUAUGAAAGAUGUGUUGCUCUUAGCGAGCAGGUGAAGAAGGAAGCACAGGACCAAUGUAUAGAUGGGAAUUGGGGGUGUGAGGAUUUCAGCACCGACGCCGCAUUCGCGAUGCAGAGUAUCUAUGCCAUUAGUGGAAAUUUCGAGGGCGCGUUGGAGGUUACGAUGAAGUCGCUAGUCAUUGAGUAA